CGAUUCUUUGAUCAAAAAAUGGAGAUAGGACCUAUUCUAAAAUCAAUCUAGAGGUCUUCGUUUUUGUAUCGUGAAACCCUCUGAUUACCCGGUGGCUAGCCGACCCUCGGUGUUCCGGAGCUUGCUCUUGUUGCCUGAGUCGACCGGGUGCUGUAUGUUUGAUCUCCGAGUAGGUAGUUGGUGAGUGCUGAGUUCUUACAUCAGUUAUAAAAUCAACAGCCGCAAAAUUUUCUAGUAUUUCUGUAUGUUUCUCAGAAGAUACUAAUCUGAAGAUUAAAAAUAAUCAAGAAUAUCGAUACGCUGUCUGCAUAUUUAUAGCUUUUUAGGGAUACCCUAAACUGUUGAUCUCUGAGUCAUACAUCAAGGAUGGUUUUUCAUAAGAACUUAUCUACCCUAAAUUACCACUUCGAAAACAUGUGAGAUUUCAAUCCAAAUUUUGGAGUGGUCCGUUGACUCUGAGAAUGAAAAAAAGUGAACAGGUCUAAUAUUUGACAUAUAUGUUAAACCCAGGAUCUACACUACUUCUAUCCAAUUGUGUAUAUCAGAUUGACCGAGUAAAUUUUACACGCAAAACAAACGGCAUUUUCAAAAACUGUUAUCUUGAUUUUCUUACAUCCCUGAGAUGAUCUCCUAUAGAUUUUGCAUACGAGCACUGUAAUGGUAGUUCUUACAACAGCCUUUAGUGAACAAACAACUUUUUUCAGAGUUAAUUGUUUCAUACAAACCCAUUCAAGAAUAAUUGUCUAGGGUUAAUGUAUUUAAUUCAUGAAAUAAGCGAAUACUAAUUUUAUACAAUUAUUGGAAAUGUCUUCCGACGAACACACUAUAGAAUAUGUUCACGUGAUUCCUUAAAAGGUUUUUUUUUUUUCCAUGUUGGGGACAUAAUACCACCGCGACCAUUACUUUGAUCUAUUGUGGUGUACUCCUUAAAGUCUUAGUUAGAUUUUUUAUACAAAACUGCAAGAGAAUCUUACAUUCCCCGUUUGUGUGUAGGUAUAAUCUCAUCGGCAUGUAGAAUUUAGAGAGAAAUCGAUUCGUUCCUAGGUUUAAGCAAUAACAUAAUAUAAUAAUAAGGAAUAAGGUGCAUAAUGAAAAAAAAAAUAUGAAAGUUUAAGAGUUUGAAGUAACAUUUCCUCCUAAAUACUAAAAUCAUUGCCUAAAACUAUUGCUUACACUUGGUUCAAAUUUAUUUAUUGAAAAUGAUACAACGAUUAAUGAUAUUGAAAAAAACGAAAUCUGAACUUCAAACAAUUGUAGGAUUCAGAAUCAUAAGGGCCUUACUAACCAAACAAACAGUUUGUUGCAUUAGCUACACUUUAGCAACAUAAGCGUUUUUUUAUUUUUUAUUUUGUUUGUCAGAAUCAGAAGAACAAAUCAAACAUCAAACAUCGUUCGUGAAAAAAACUGGUAGUAUUUUUAUCGAUGGAAUUAGUAUAGCCCUUAUGAAUCAGGAAAACAGAAUUGUAGAUCAUUUUCAUUUAAAAGUUUAUUGGACAAAUCCUGAGCAUCACUACUAAUUGUGAUUUUUUUCAUUUCAGAUUCCGAGUCUUUUGUCACUGGCUAUGCAAUCACAGCACAUUUGGCAACAUAAUAUUGGUCUGCAUUAUGUUUUCAUCUGCUAUGCUGGCAGCAGAGGACCCUUUGAAUGCAAAUUCUGAACGCAAUCAAAUUUUAAAUUACUUCGAUUAUUUUUUCACUACAGUUUUCACUAUUGAGUUGCUUUUAAAAGUGAUUUCUUAUGGGUUUUUGUUUCACGAUGGUGCAUUUUGUCGAUCAGCCUUCAAUCUUCUAGAUUUACUGGUUGUAUGCGUUUCGCUGAUAUCCAUGUUUUUCAGUUCUGGUGCCAUAUCUGUAAUUAAGAUUCUUCGAGUUUUGAGGGUUUUGAGACCACUUCGUGCCAUCAAUAGAGCUAAAGGUUUGAAGCAUGUAGUUCAAUGUGUUAUUGUAGCAGUUAAGACAAUCGGAAAUAUUGUUCUAGUAACUUGCUUACUACAGUUUAUGUUUGCGGUAAUAGGAGUUCAAUUGUACAAGUACGUAGUGAAAUGUGUGAUAGUUGCUAUAAAAACCAUAGGCAACAUUAUGCUUGUGACAUAUCUACUUCAGUUUAUGUUCGCUGUUAUUGGAGUACAAUUGUUCAAGGGAAAAUUUUUCUCUUGUUCGGAUGGAUCAAAAAUGCAAGAAUCCGAGUGCCAUGGGACAUAUUUGGUAUUUGAGGAUGGAAAUGUAGAUAGACCUGUAUCUAAGGAACGUGAGUGGUCGAAAAAUCGUUUCCAUUUCGAUGAUGUUUCGAAAGCAAUGCUUACGUUGUUCACUGUUUCUACGUUUGAAGGAUGGCCUGGAUUGUUAUACGUUUCAAUAGAUUCCCACGAGGAGGAUUCCGGGCCUAUCCACAACUUCAGACCAAUAGUGGCAGCUUAUUAUAUUAUAUAUAUUAUCAUUAUUGCCUUCUUCAUGGUUAAUAUAUUUGUUGGUUUCGUUAUUGUUACAUUCCAAAACGAAGGUGAACAGGAGUAUAAAAAUUGCGAUCUGGAUAAAAACCAGCGAAACUGUAUUGAAUUUGCUCUGAAGGCCAAACCGAUACGACGGUAUAUUCCAAAGCACAGGAUACAAUAUAAAGUCUGGUGGUUCGUCACAUCGCAGCCAUUUGAAUAUAUGAUCUUUAUUUUAAUUAUGAUCAACACCAUCACCCUUUCUAUGAAAUUUUACCGCCAGCCCGAAAUAUACACAGAAGUCUUGGAUUUGCUUAAUUUAAUAUUCACUGCGGUUUUUGCAUUAGAAUUCGUAUUCAAACUAGCUGCAUUUAGAUUUAAGAAUUAUUUUGGAGAUGCGUGGAACGUAUUCGAUUUUAUUAUCGUUCUGGGUAGUUUCAUUGACAUUGUCUAUUCAGAAGUUAAUGUUAGUAAAGGUAUGAAGGGAGGAUCCAGUAUCAUAUCAAUCAAUUUCUUCCGGUUGUUUCGUGUAAUGCGAUUGGUAAAAUUAUUGGCCCGAGGAGAAGGCAUAAGAACACUGUUGUGGACAUUCAUUAAAUCUUUCCAAGCGCUUCCUUAUGUAGCACUUCUGAUAGUGAUGCUCUUUUUCAUCUACGCUGUAAUCGGAAUGCAGGUAACGUUUAUUUGUUUGCUUAUAUUUCUUUUUUUUUACUUAGUUGUAUUGUACAUCUUGAAACAGGUCAAACGAUUCGAUCAGAUUUUUUGUAAAUUUAGCUCAAUUCGAAUUCAACAUACAUAUUUUUAAAUAUUAUUUUGUAUU